AUGUUUAACCAACAACAUGACCAGCCCAUUGAUUUCAUUGUAUGCACACUGCCUAAUAUAGCGUCUUGCAGUAGACUCUCAAAAGCAUGUUCAGUAGCCAUUGCGGCCAUGAGUUUAUUGCAGCGGGCUUCGGUCACUGCAGUGACAGUUCUGUCUGGCCGACGCGCUGGCACUCCGCUCAGAUUCGGAGGCUUCCUCACCCGUGUUUUCCCGAAGACCAUCGCUCCUGUGCGACACAGUACAGGCCAUGGGAAAAGACUGUUCAUCAUCAAACCUUCUUCAUACUAUGACAAGCGUUUUUUGAAUUUAUUGAAAUUCUACAUUUUGUUUACUGGGCUUCCAGUAGCAAUUGGCAUAACUCUGGUGAAUAUAUUUAUUGGCGGAGCUGAAUUAGCAGAAAUUCCAGAAGGCUAUAUUCCAGAACAUUGGGAAUAUUACAAGCAUCCUAUAUCAAGAUGGAUUGCUUGUACUUUCUUUGAGUGCCCUGAAAAGAAUUAUGAAAAAACAAUGGCUGUUCUUCAGAUUGAAUCCGAAAAGGCUGAAUUACGGUUAAAGGAGCUGGAAGUUCGAAGACGAAUGCGUGCGAGAGGUGAUGGACCCUGGUAUCAAUAUCCAGCUGUUGACAAGGCGCUUAUUGAUUAUUCUCCAAAAGCAACUCCUGACAACUAAUCGUUUAUUUCUUUAAAUACAAAGCAUAUUCUCCCAAGUGGAAUGUAAAUGAGUAAAUAUAGUGUGUAUUUUUGCUCUGUAAUGAAUAAAAGAGCUUCUUCCAUU